AUGAACAAUCAUCCGCACUCAAUUAGUAGGCAGGUUAGAAAGCUUGGGAUUAAAGAACUCAAGGAGAAGUUAGAGCAAAUGAACGUUGAUUAUCAAAGAAAGGGAGCUUCCACUCAGGACCAAUUAAGAUCUCUCCUCAUCAAGGUAUUGCUUGAAGAAGAGAAGCAAAGAUCAAGGAAAAAGAUCAUGACAGAUCAAACAAGUAGAAAAAGGAAACCCAAAGAUGUAUCAGCAGAACCAAAUAGAGGAAUCAAGAUUCCUCAACAAAAGAAAAGGCCAGCUGAACGACUUGCUUCAGUAAAUAAGCCAGUAGGAAGUAAGAUACCUCAAAUCGGUCAGAGUAAAAAGAAAGCUCCUCCUGGAAUCUUAGGGAAGAUGCCUCCACAUGAAAUAGAAAACUCUAGUAUUGCAAAUGAGUCAAGAGAUUCUAUUGACUCAAGCUCGAUUAAUUCUAAAGGCCCCAGAAUGGAAGCCCCUGUAGAUAGCUCCUUGAAGAAAGACAAACUGAUCUCAAGGCAUCAAGGGUUCAGAGAAAAUGUAGAGAUCAAAGAUUCAUCAACAAAUAACCAGAAGAACAGAAGUCACAUGAGGAAGAGAUGGGAGAGACCAAGCAGAGACAACACAGGUCAGAGUUCUAAUGAAUCGAGGUUUCUCUCAGCUCCAAAACAAUCUGAUGCUAGCAUGGAAGAUGAUGCGAAACCCGAAGAGAAUACAUUGGCUAAACAACAAAGAGAGAUGAAAGAGAGAAGGCUUGAAAGAUUCCAAGCUCGCAAGAAAAAGGAAAGCGAAGAGGAGACUCAAGCUGUGCAGCAGAACGCUCAAGAUAUAUUCAAAAGAACCUUGGAUUGUCAUAGGAGUCAAACCAGGGAUCCUUCCGCUCCUGGUUUUAGGAGACAACCAGAGCACUCAGCAGAACUAAAUCAGAGAAAUACGAAUGAGAGUUCUGGGCUGUUGAAUCAAAGAGAAAACACUGGAUUCCAACCUAUUUCACGCAAUACAAAUGUUAAUAAUGACCAAGACUCAGUCAAUGGUAUUAACCUUGGGAGGAUAAAUAACUUCUCUGGAAAGGGAAAUUUAAGAGAAACUUCAAAUAACAGAAUUCCAACAAAUGGCCAUAAUAAUGAAUCUUCUAUCCGAAAUAGGUUUCCAGCUAGAAUCAGUCGUAAAAGAACCAAUAACGAUAAGAAUGAUGACAAAAACAAAGAGUCUAAGUCUAGGGUUAACAGAAUAUUGCCAUCAAGAACUAUCGGAGAGUCAAAUCCAAAUAUUUAUGAUCCAAAAAGAGAAAACAAAGAGGUUAAUUCUGAGCCUAAAGAGAACGGACCAGAAUCAGGCAAUCAGUAUAAAAUUCCGAGACCUAGGCCAAGGAGAGGAUUUAGGAGCAAUAACUCACCUUCAAAAUGUAGCAAAAUUAUUGGACAGAUAACACCCGCUUUGGUUCUCAUAGCGGUUAUCCUUGCAUUAUCAGGUAGCAUAAAACUAUUUGAGUUAGGCUACUAUAAGUUCUUACAACAGGACAACACAAUAUAUUGACCUUCUAACAGGAAGGUAACUCUAAAUGAAUGCUUCCCAUGUCCAGAUAAUGCUAUAUGAGAUUAUAAAGGAAAGCUGCACUGAAAUUUUGAGUACAUCCAAAGUGGAAAAGCCUGAAUUGAGGACAACCAAAUGAGUCAAUCGAUUAUUAAAUUCUCCAAUAAUUUCUACGAAGAUUAUCUAUACCACUUAGGAAACUAUGAGUGAGGAGAUGAUAAUAAACUCUUAACAGCUCACCAGUUUAUUAAAAAGACAAUAGAACUUCACACUGAUGAUAUCAAAGAAAAUUUUAAAGAGAAAGGAAAAGAGGAUAUACAGAAAAUUAGUAACAAAAUGGUUAAGACCUUCAAUGAAUCACUUGAAAAUAGCAAAGAUCCGAGAUAUACUCUCAAGUGAGGACUUAAGAAGUUGGUCAGAGACAACCUCAUCAUUAUUAUCCUAGGUACCAGCCUCUUUGGGGGGCUUACCUAUCUUCUUUCAAGCUUGGUAAUGACAACACUUAAUAAAUUUGAAGCAAGAGGAAUUUACAAGGAAAUAGAGAAGGAACUCAAGGAUCAGGCAGCAGAUCCCUCUGAUACUUAUGAUACAGGGAUAUCUAUCCCUGAGAUCAUUGAAAGAUUUAGAAAGAAUAGAUCUGAUUCUACAUUUGAGCACAAGAUUCUUCCUUACCUCGAAAAUCAUCGUAAAAAUGACAAGAGAAUAGCAGUAUUUUCCAAAACAGAGAACGCUAAACUUGUCAGUGUGUGGCAAUACAAAAAAUAAUUUUCAGAUACAAUUCCAACUCAACCUGA